UAUUAGUAUUGUACAACUUCGCCGGUCUUUAGUACAGUAUAAAAACUAAAGGGUUGGCUCAUAGUAAGCAGAAAACCAAAGAUUUCAAUGAACCGAAAAUGAAGAUUCUAGCUUUUCUCGGUAUUGUGAUCUUCUUUGCAACUACUUUCUCACAGUACGGGCAUGCGCAGAUCCCAAGAGCAUGUACAGAUGAAGCUAGCCUCCGAGACCUCACCUGUUGCCCAACUACCAGUAAUGGAGUUUGUGGAGCUGUUGCAGGCCGUGGGGCUUGUAUGGAUCUGCAACUACCUCAUAGUAAUACCACCACAGACGUAAGAAGAAACUGGCCUCACUACUUCACCAGGGCAUGUCAGUGCACAGGCAACUUCUCGGGAUAUGACUGCAGCAGGUGCAAGUUUGGCCACUACGGAGCAGACUGUAGUCGGUACCAAGUUCUCUCUCGUCCAUCAGUGGCUGAUUUUGAUGUUACUGACUGGGACGACUACAAUCGCAUCCUCAACUUGACAAGAACUUAUGAUUCUGGCUAUGUUGCUGUAUUAGAAGAGACGUACCCCGGAAACACCAGCCUUCGUACUGCUCCUUUGACCCUGUAUGGAAUGCUUAUAUGGUCACAUCAUUAUGCUGCAAAAGAUAGCCAAUCGUUAGAACUGCGAGUGAACGGAGCCCCGCUAGACUAUGCCCACACUGCUCCUGGCUUCAAUACAUGGCAUCGAUUGCAGUCAGUAUGGUUUGAAUGGGAGAUUCAAGGAAUGCUGAAUUCAAUGGCGGACCCUAACUACCACAUGUUCCGACUCCCUUGGUGGGAUUGGCGUAGAGAAUCACAAAUGACAACUGGAUUAGGAGCAGAUGACCUGUUUGUUGCAAACAGAGCUGGUUACAGUAAAAAUGUUAGUGGACGCCCGGUUGUUGCUGGUGAUCUGUUUGGAGAAGGUUGGGAGACUAUGUGCUGGUUUAGAGUUGGCCAAAUUUGUGAUCCUACUGAGAACACUGGAUUACUACAGAGAUGUCCUUUCACGGGCACCAACCCAUGCAGCACGUCAAAUCCUGAUUGGCCCAGUGCAGCUGAUGUUCUUACCGCUCUUGUUAUUCCUGAAUUCGAUGUUGCUCCCUACAACAUUCAAACUGUAGGAGGUUAUCGAACAUUCGUUGAUUUCCAAAUUGGUACUGUCAGUGUGGAGGAUUGUCGUGAUGAUAGACAGUGUCGCUGUGUGCCUAGUUUGGACCCAUCAUGUGCAACCAAUACAGCUGAGCCUACUCAAAAGUCGGGAAUGCAUCUUCUGGGUCACAUCAUUAUGGGACAAGGAGAUUUCAACUUUCGUCUUAACAACGACAUGUCCACAAUUGGAACGAUUGAAGACGUCGCAGCUUCUCCAAACGAUCCAAUGUUCAUCCUCCAUCACAACAUGAUAGACUGCAUCUUUAUAGAGUGGAUGAGGCGUUUCCCUAAUGCCGAAUACCCAAUGAAUGUGUCAACUGUCGGACAUGCUCGUGAUGGGUUCAUAAUUCCUUUCUUCCCACUUUACACCAACAACGAUCUUUUCGUCUCGGCAGAGGAGCUGGGAUAUAGCUGCAAUCUUUUUGGAGGUGCAGUAAACACAUCCAUGUCUGUAAGCCUACUUCUAAUUCUCGGAAUGUUGGCUUUUGCUUUAACUCAAUGAAGACUAUACGAUGUACGUCAUCUAAAACUGUGAACUGCUACUGUUUGUACUGCAACAUUUGAGAAGUUGCAUUUUUAGAGCUUGUUACAUGCUGUUGAUAUGAUUGUAAAUAAAGUGUAAUGACAUGUAAAUAAAAAAAAUUGAUUGCCAUUGUAAAUUCUA